CUGGGCGCGAAGCAUACAUUACGGUCGACAGGAGACCAUGCACCAAUUCAUCGUAUAGAAACGAAGACGAGCCUGCAAGUCCGUGAGGGCAACCGGCGACAAACAAGCGGCCUAAUUCGUUCUUUCAGUCGCUUUCCGGCUGGAUAAUAUGUACUUAUGCGCAGGGCAGUCUACAAAUGCAUACAGAACCGUUACAAAUACACACCCCAGGAGGUUACAUGGCAAAAUUCUGCCUCGAGCAUGCUUUAUGCAAAAGGCACGAGGGACAUGGAAAACCGAUAUCUAACUCUCUCUGAUAAAACCAAUAUACAGACCCACAUCCACUGAUACACCUUCAUAGCACGGCGGAAAACGCCUUUUUGUGGCUUGCAACGCCCUCUUUCAUCACAUCUGGACAACACCCCACCCGUCCCUCUCCUUCCCCUUCUGUUUCUGUGGUUCAUGAAAGCCGAACCUUCGACUGACACUCGCUUUGUUUUCUGGCGCCUGACACACGAAUAAUCCUGCUCGACUCGGAAAUGGUAUCUAUCUGACCAGAUGAACACAAAGCGUAUGCAUCGGAAUGUUACUGCUCGAUGGCCUCUGUUCACCUGGUUUGGCUUUGCUUGGAUGUGGUAGGUUCAGUUGACUUGGUCCAGACACAGCCGCUCCACCACAUGGGUUCCCAAGUGUUGGCUGCACAGCACAGGGGAGGAAAGUUGGGACGACACAUGCACUCGUGAAGUGCGUGUUGCUCUGCUUCCCCCCCUCUCACCUUGAGCUUGCCUCCCAAGUUAGCAAAUAGACCUCCUUGCGGUAAAUCUCAUUUCGCUUGAUCUCUUCAAGCGCCGGGAGAAAGUCUCUGUCACCUAAACCACGCGCGCACACACACAGAUAGAUAGAUAGAUAGAUAGAUAGAUAGAGAGAGAGGUCACCAGCUAGAAGCACAAUCGCGCUGAUCUUGUCGUGUCUGGCCAUCUUGAGCAACUGCACGUACAAAGAGAUGUCACCACAGCGUAGGGCAAUCUUUCUUUCUUACCUCGAUGGUGAUCUUGCAGUCUGCACCCGCCUGUGUCCCGUUCUCCUUCAAGCUGAACAACCAGCACAUUCACAUGACACACAAACGUGACGUUGCUCGGCCGUCGAUGUGUUUCCUCACUCACUCUGCCUCCCACACUUCGAAGCACAACUCGUUCCGCAGGUGCUUGUGCAGCUGUCGGAGCGCCAGCUCCCUCUCCCUCGGCCGCAGAUACCUGAAAUGUUGAUGUGCGUACAUCAGUGGCCAUGUGUUCCCUCCCCCUGCCCCCACCCCCGCAACCCAGCACGUUUUUCGCCUACUUGGGGUUGGUGCUGACGUACAGCGAGUGAUACGUGGACACGCCAAACCCCCACCGCUCCUCAAUGAGCCCGAUGUAGCGCUCGAUGUCUUUGAUGCCCGGCAAUGAGACGGACUUGAACGACUUGCACAAAUACGCCCCAUCGAUGAUGAGGGACGCAUUGCCGCGCCAAGGCAACGCACGAGAGGGGCUCCCCGCCGAAUCGAGGGCCGCUGGUACAGGACUACUCGUGAUGGGAAUCGACUGAGGCUGCGUGCUCUUCAUGCUGACGCACACACACACAUCGAUGUGACAGAUAUGCACGUGUUCGCGACACUGCGUGGUGCGUGGCUCACUCGACGGGCUGUAGUGUGGGCGUGGUGGCGUUGGAGCCGGCCCCAGUAGCACUAGCGCUGUAGGGCAUGGGCUUGCCGUUGGCGCCACCUCUGCUCGACAUACUGCUCGGACUAUACGAUCUGAACACACAGAGUCCUCAUACGGCAGGUGAGCGUCAAGCUGCUCAUCAGGGUGUGGUGUGCAUCCUGUCCGCCUUACGCAGGCGUGGUGUCUUGUGGUUCCGUCGGAGUGUCGAACGUUGGUACUGCUGGCGGUGCGAAUGCGUCCAAACUCUGCUGCGACCUGCAAGGUGAGAUCACCAAACACCCACUUGAACGUGCGCGCCUUUUCCUGUCACGUGUGUGCCAUUCGUUACCGCAAUGCGUCGCGCUCCUGUGCAGUGUGCGCGAAAGGGCACUGUUGACCGAGCCGACAAAAGCCCUUCGCUGAAGCCCUCCACACACACAGCCCAAAAGAGUUGACCCGUGCAGCGGCCUGGCGUCGCUUUGCUUACCGAUGUACUUGCACAUAGUCGCCUUCUUGACCGGCCGCAUCCCCGCCCUUAUCCCCAGUCCUCUUUCUGCCCGUUGCGUUGAGCCUAUGGUGCCCGGCCUCAUGGCUGCAAAAAUCUACAUCUACUCGCAGUGCUGCACAAGGUGUUGCUUUGUGCAGCAGUCCCUUUGCUUUUGCGACGGUCCCUCC